AUGCCACCCAAGGGAAACAAGGAGAGAAAGACCGUGAGCGACGACCCGCGAUUUGCGGGAGUGCAUUCGGACCCGCGGUUCUACAUGCCGCGAAAGAAGGACAUGAAGGUGACAGUGGACUCGCGGUUCAAGAAGGAGCUGCUCCACAACAAGGACUUUCACAAGGGCGCCAAGGUCGACAAGUAUGGUCGAAAGCUGGAGCAGCAGGACGCGCAGCUGCAGCGGCUGUAUAACCUGAGCGACGAUGAGGAGGAGUCCGGUGAAGAGGGAGACUCCGAGGAGCCCGAGACCAAGGCUCAGAAGAAGCCUCUGUCUGCUUUGGACCGAGCGCGGGGAGAAGGAGUCGAUUCUGACGCCUCUUCGGGCGACGAUUCAGACUCGGACGACGACUCGGACUCGGACUCGGAGGUGGAGAUGGAGGAAGAGGUGGUGCUGGCGGACUCGCAGGACAUUGCCACCGGCGACGAGAGCACCACUCUUGCGGCGGUCAAUUUGGACUGGGAUCACGUGCGGUCGGUCGACCUGAUGGCCACCUUUUCUGGCUUCAUCCCCCCUAAGGGCGAGAUCAAGUCUGUGGCCAUUUAUCCCAGUGAAUACGGCAAGGAGAAGAUGGCCGAGGAGGAGCUCAAUGGACCGGACGCGCAGCUGUUUGAGGAGAAGAAGAAGCGGGCUGGCGACUCGGACGACGACUCGGACGACGACGAAAAAAUCAAACAGGAGUUGCUCAACAACGACGACGGCGAGGAAAUCAACUCCAAGAGCUUCCGAAAGUACCAGUUGCAGCGAAUGCGGUACUACUACGCGGUUAUUGUGUGUUCGGAUGUCGCCACGGCCCGAAACAUCUAUCAGAACUGCGACGGGACCGAGUACGAGUCGACCGCCAACUUUUUCGACUUGCGAUACGUGCCUUCGGACAUGACUUUUGACGACGAGCCUCGAGACAAGUGCACACGGGUUCCCACCAACUACAAGCCGUCUGAUUUCGAGACUGCCGCUCUUCAGCACUCCAAGGUGAAGCUCACGUGGGAUGAGACUCCGGCCGAACGAAAGAACGUGACUCUGCGGGCGUUCAACAAGAAGGAAAUGGAUAAUGAGGAGCUCAAGGCCUACCUAGCAUCCGACAGCGAGUCUGACGAGGAGGGGCGGGCCGAUCUCAAGGCAAAGUACCAGAGCUUGUUGGAGGGCACCGGCAUCAACAAGGGCGAGGACGAGGAUGGAGAGGAGGAUGUGGAUAUGGAAAUCACCUUCACCCCCGGACUGGACGAGUCCAAGAAGAGUGCUGCUGAGCCCAAGGAGGAGGGUGAGGAAACCACGCUGGAGAAGUACAAGCGAAAGGAGAAGGAGAGACGAACGGCCCGAAUCCAAAAGUGGCAGGAAUCCAAGGAGGCCAAGGAGGAUGAGGAGCAUGAGAAGGAGGCCAAGAAGCCCAAGAACAAGGGCAAGAAGGAGCGGGAAAAGAAAAAGAAGGAGAUGGAGCAGUUAGCGUUGCUGGUGGACGAGGAGACCGACGCCAAGCACUUUGAUAUGAAGGAGAUCAUCAAGGCCGAGAAAAACGCCAAGAAGAAGUCCAAGUACAGACAGCAGGGUCUUGUGGAGGACAAGUUCGAGAUGCCGGUCGACGAUCCUCGAUUUUCGGCUCUUUACGACGACCACGAGUUUGCCAUUGAUCCGUCCAAGCCUGGAUUCACUCGAACCAAGGCCAUGGACAAGCUGCUAGAUGAGCGCCGAAAGCGGCAGGACCGAGGUCAGGGAGGUGUCAAGCGAAAGGGCGAAUCUGGAGAGCCUGCCAAGAAGAAGAAGCGAAAGGGAGACCAGACCGGCGAGGGUGUGGAGAGUCUGGUUGAGCGAAUCAAGCGAAAGCACCAAAAGGAUAACCAGUAG